ACAUGGGCGGGGUCUCCAUAAACCGGCGGCUCUGUUGAGGCUCCGAGUUGAGGCUCUGAUCUGCGCAGUAGCCGGACGGAGAGAGUGCGUCACGGUCCCGCCUCACAGAAAGCCGCGCCGAGAGAAAGGGGAGCAAAGAAGGCCAGGAAAGAAGAAGAAAAAUGGCCAGCCAGUCAAUGGAGAUUGUAGCGAAGGCGCUGGAACAGCAGAUGCUGCACUCAGCACGGCUUGUUGAGGAGCAGCUAGAUGCUGAGCUGGAUAAGUUGGAGCGAAUGGAUGAGGAUGAACUGGAAUGUCUGAAGGAAAGGCGGCUGGAGGCCCUAAAGAAAGCCCAGAAACAGAAACAGGAGUGGCUAUCUAAAGGUCAUGGAGAAUACAAAGAAAUCCCGAGCGAGAAAGACUUCUUUACUGAGGUCAAAGAAAGCAAGAGUGUGGUCUGCCAUUUCUACAGGGACUCCACCUUCAGAUGCCAAAUUCUAGACAAACACUUGCACAUCUUGGCAAAGAAACAUCUGGAGACAAAGUUCAUCAAGUUGAAUGUGGAAAAGGCUCCGUUUCUAACAGAGAGGCUCAGGAUUAAAGUCAUCCCCACGCUGGCUCUGGUGAAAGAUGGGAAGACUAAGGACUAUGUAGUGGGCUUCGGCGAUCUUGGUAACACAGACGAGUUCUCUACUGAAAUGCUGGAGUGGAGACUGGGCUGUUCAGACAUCAUCAACUAUAGUGGGAAUAUCAUGGAGCCACCUGCUAUUGGACAGAAACCAGCAUCAAAGUUUACCAAGGUGGAGAAAAAAACAAUCAGAGGGAAAGGCUAUGACUCGGACUCUGAAUCUGAUGAUGAUUAGAAAAGACAAACAUCUCAUUUUGUUUCUCAGGGCUUUCUACAAAAAAAGUACAAAGUCUUGUAGUACAAACUUGGGUUAUCAUUUUGUUUUUGUUAUUUAACAUUUGUUUAUGAUCACUUUCCUUUGAUACACUAAUUAUGUACUAUUUCGAUGGAAUAUAGCUUUGUAUACAUUUAAUGCAUACAUAUACAUGUAUACAUGCAAAUGUGUAAAUGUAUACACUUUAUGUAUACAAAGAUAUGUGUAUUCAUUAUUAAUUGUAAGUAAAUCUCAAAGGAUUUAACUUGGACUGUCAAGCAAUAAAUUUGAUCACUGUUUAAAUGUAAGAAA